UGGUGGAGAGUGGUGGGUAGUUUUGCCAAUUAGUUAUGAGAUCGAAAAGCUGGUGCUUUGGCCCUGGGAACACGUAGUCGAGCUGCUGUGAGGAAGGGAGCCCACGAGCCGAGGAGAGCGAGAGGGGACACCCGUGCUAGCGGUGGCGGUAGUGGGUCUCUCUCUUUCUCUCUCUGUCUCCCUGUCUCGCUGUGCCUCUAGGCUCUGUCGUUCCCCUCCUCGCACGGAGCUUCGUCGACCGACAUGGCAAUGGCUGUAUCUGCUCGAGCUGUGACUCUGGCGGCCCCGUCCAGCGGGGCCGUCUCAGCUGAGCCCGUCGGCACGAAGACGCGUGGCGUUCUCUCGUCGUCUGCUGCUGCUGCUGCCGCCUCGCCAAGCCGUGUCUCUUUCCUCAGAGCACCUGCUUCUGCAACUCCCGCCUCUCCCGCCUCCUCCAGCUUGUCUAUGAGCUCAAGCUCCAUUUGCGGAACAUCGCUGACGUCAAGAAGAUAUUGCAAGCUUCAGAAUGGCAAGAAGAGCGGUGUUGUCACUGCUGAGCUCGGCGAUUCCCUGGAGGAGUUCCUUGCCGUUGCUACUCCCGACAAGAACUUGGCUCGUCUGAUGGUGUGCAUGGGAGAGGCCCUGAGGACAAUAUCAUUCAAGGUCCGGACUGCUUCAUGCAAUGCAACAGCCUGCGUCAACCUCUUCGGUGAUGAACAGCUUGCAGUUGACAUGCUGGCUAACAAGGUUCUGUUUGAGGCACUCCGUUUCUCACAUGUGUGCAAGUAUGCAUGCAGUGAGGAAGAUCCAGUGUUGCUAGACAUGGAAGGUCCUGCUGAAGGUGGCUUCAGCGUGGCAUUCGACCCUCUGGAUGGCAGCAGCAUCGUGGACACCAACUUCACAGUGGGAACCAUCUUUGGAGUGUGGCCAGGAGACAAGCUGACAGGAGUGACGGGAGCUGACCAGGCAGCUGCAGCAAUGGGCAUCUAUGGUCCCCGCACCACAUAUGUUCUUACACUCAAGGACUUCCCAGGGACGCACGAGUUCCUUCUUCAAGAUGAUGGUAAAUGGAUCCACGUGAAGGAAACGACUGAGAUCAAGGAGGGGAAGCUCUUCUCCCCAGGCAAUCUUCGUGCCACCUUCGAUAACCCCAACUACGAAAAGCUGGUCAAUUACUGGGUAGGGGAGAAGUACACCCUGCGGUACACUGGAGGAAUGGUGCCAGAUGUCAACCAGAUUAUUGUUAAGGAGAAGGGAGUUUUCUCCAACGUGACAUCUCAAAGCGCAAAGGCGAAGCUUCGUCUUCUGUUCGAGGUCGCUCCUCUUGGAAUGCUUGUUGAGAAAGCUGGCGGCUACAGCAGCAAUGGCUUCAACUCCGUCUCAGACAUCGUCAUCGAGAACAUCGACGACAGAACACAAGUCUGUUACGGCUCCCGUGGCGAAGUACAGCGAUUCGAGGAGUACUUGUACGGGACCUCGCGCCUAGCCAACGAGCCAGCGACGGCCAAUGCGUGAUUGGUUGUUGACUGGAUUGGAUGAGUGAUUGAUCGGUUCAUUGAUUGGUUGGUGGAUUGAUUGACCUAUAUUGAUUAGUUACUUGAGUGAUCGAUUCAUAGUGAUGAUGGCUCGAUUGAUCUCUGUUGGUUGAGCGACUGAUUAGCUGAUUGAUUGGGUGAUGGGUGAUGGGUGGUGGGUUGGUUGAUGAUGAUUGGGUGAUGGGUUGGUUGAUGAUUGGCCACCGAUCGGUUUCCGAUUUCAUCGAACACGCACCCAACUAGCGAAGAAGUCUCCGAGAAGCUUCAAAGAUAGUUCAAUGUUUUGGCACGUGUAAGUUCGACAAAUAAUCAUACGAUAAUACGUGUAUGUUUUAGUUUACAUGUCAUCAUUACCUAUCUCUGGAUAUUUCUUUUUUUCUUUUUAUUUUUUUAUUUUUUUUUUUCUGGAUAUUUCAAAACGACAGUUCCAAAAAAAAAAAGGAAGGGAAAAAGAAGACUGUGUUAUCUGAGACCUACCUAAGCAUUUACCACAAGGUGGAGCGUUCGACUAUCACGUCA